GGACCGCCACCUGUCAAAAAUAUAACUCUUCCGUUUAUCAAUACGGGACAGGGUUAAACCAGAUCUCCCUCGUCAUUGAGAUUGUGCGGGGGCUUUUACACGCAAAUAUACCGGCGUGCGGUGCAACCCGCGUUAUUACCGCGAACUUCGAACUGCAUUCGCUUUUACAUCGGAUUCCGUCAUCAAACAUGGAGAAAUUUGAAGGCUACAUCUUCACUGCGCUCUGCAGCACCAACUUUUUGAUAUCCUGCCUGCUGUUCUCCAGAGUCACCCGGGAGCAAAGGGAGCCGUACAUGGACGAAGUGUUCCACGUCCCGCAGGCUCAGGAGUAUUGCCACGGGAAAUUCAACGAGUGGGACCCAAUGAUCACCACUCUGCCGGGCCUGUACCUCGUCUCCGUGGGCGUCAUCAAGCCCGUGGUGUGGCUCACCGGCCUGACGGACCAGGUGGUGUGUUCCACGGCCAUGCUGCGCUUCAUCAACCUGCUGUUCAACUGCGGCAACCUUUACGUGCUCUACCUGCUCGUCUGCAAACUGCACCUCAGGGAGAAGACGCAAACGACCUCCCGGCGAAUCCUCUCGGCGCUGUCUCUCUCCACCUUCCCCGUGCUCUACUUCUUCAACUUCCUUUACUACACCGACGCCGGGUCUACUUUCUUCACCCUCUUCGCCUAUCUCAUGACGCUCUACGGCUGCCACAAGGCCUCGGCGCUCCUCGGCGUCUGCGCCGUGCUCUUCCGUCAGAACAACGUCGUCUGGGUGGCCUUCUGCGCCGGCACUCUGGUGGCCGCCAAGAUGGACGAGGCCUGGAAGUUGGAGCGCGCCAAGAAGAGGGACGAGAAGUCCCCGGCGUCCCAGGUUCCCCUGUCGUUCGGCGGCGUGAAGAAAGCCACGCUUUUCAUGCUGGAGUUCCUCACCUCCCCCAGCCAGGUGAAGGCGGUGCUGCUGGUGGCCUGGCCGUACGCCGUGGUGGGCGUCGGCUUCCUGGUGUUCGUGGUGCUGAACGACGGGAUCGUGGUGGGCGACCGGGCGAGUCACGAAGCCUGCCUCAACUUCCCCCAGCUCUUCUAUUUCCUGUCCUUCGCCCUCUUCUUCUCCCUCCCCGUCUCGCUGUGUUACCACCGCGCUCUUCGCUUCCUGCAGGCCGUGAAAAGGCGGCCUCUGUUUUUCGUCUUCGCGGCGUGCGUCUGCCUGCUCCUGGUGUGGAAGUUCACCGCCGUCCACAAGUACCUCCUGGCGGAUAACCGGCACUUCCCCUUCUACGUGUGGAAGAGGCUUUUCCAGAGGCACGAGCUGGCGCCCUUCCUCCUGGUCCCCGGGUACGUGUUCGCCGGGUGGAAUUUCCUGGACGCCAUCAAGCCGCGCUCGCUCUUCUGGAGCCUGGCGUUCCUGGCGUGCCUCCUGGCCGCGACCGUGCCGCAGAAGCUGCUGGAGUUCCGGUACUUCAUCGUUCCCUACCUGAUGUACCGCCUGCACAUGCCCCUCCCCUCCCUUCCCAGGCUCAUCGGGGAGUUUCUGCUGUACACGGCGGUGAACGCCGCCACGCUCUACGUCUUCAUCGUUAAGAGCUUCCGCUGGCCGGACGGCGCGGCCACGCAGAGGUUCAUGUGGUGAGCGGAAAUCGGGACGGGAUGCCGGGAAUCGAGUCCAGAGAACCAAGUCUCAAGAAAUCCAAAAGAAAAAGCUUCCGUUACAUUUCAAUGACCGGCUUAUGGCUUAUGCUUUUGACAUUUUUUGUACAGUGUAACCAAUUUAGUGUUCGGGAUCGUGUAAUGGGAUCAGCCGUGGCUUACACUGGGAAUCAAUAUCGCUAGUUUUAUUGGGACAAGUGAUGGACAAAAUAUAUUUUUUUAACAUUUAAUCGUGUGCUUUUCAAGUUUUAUUCCUGCAGGGUUUUACGUUCCCAGACGAUGAUCUCAAGCCCUGAAGCGACGCUGUAAAUGGACUGAUAGCAAUUUUUUUAGUUGUGAAUGCCGGGUUUUGUUUCCUAUGGCUGUCACUGUUUUGCACUAUGAAUGUAAAUACUGUGUGCAGUUCUAUGGAUAACUGUAGACACAAGCUGUAAAUAUGAUUCCAGAGACCAAAUAUGACGGCCAUGUUGUUUCCGAAUUUCUAUUGUAUGGGAGGUUUUUGUAUUGAUUUGAGAUCCUUGCUUUGUUUAUGUGCCGGUGGAGAACAACCGAUUUGUUUAUAAUCAUGGAGAAGAUAAACAGGUCUUCAGAUUGUUUACUUUGACCAAGCCAUAAUGUUUCCACUGUAUUUGAAUCAGAAUUUAGAUGUUUUUUUACGUGUGUGUCUCGUGUCGACCUGUCCAUUCAGCUGUAUGCUGAUCCCCUGUUCAUACAAUUGUGCGUAUACCUUUUUGAAUAAAAUGACUCAUGUAA